CCCCACUCCGGCCUGCCAUCUCCUCACUCCAAUCUGAAUUUCUCUCUUGAUCGAGAUCUCAGAGAGCUUGCUUUCGCUGGAUCUGAAUAAAUAGGUAUUUACCUCGUCAACUCUCAUCCCUUCGGCCCCAUCCUCUGUUCUUAUCAGUUCGCUGAGGCUCCUCUUCUCCUCAGUCAUGGCUGCACCUUUAUACACAACCGCCUCGGGCAGACUAUGGCACGCAGGUCUAGUGCUCAUCUGCGUAGUCGGCUUACCGGCGCGCGGCAAGACCCAUGUCUCCCGAUCGAUUGAACGCUACUUACGCUGGCUUGGAGUCAAGACUGAGGUUUUCUCCUUGGGCGAUCACCGUCGAAAGGUGAUGGGAGAUCCGCAAGAGCUCCCGGCUGACUACUUCGCGACCGAUGGGACUCAGAGUGAAGCCACUCAAGCCAUGCGUGAUAGUAUCAGGCGAAGCCUGCUCCGUUUGGUCGAUGAUUUCUUCCACCAUGGCGGACAAGUAGCCAUCUAUGAUGCGAAUAAUGGAACUCGAGCCGGUCGUCAACAAUUGCGCCAAGAGUUUGAAAACAAAGGCGUGCAUGUGAUGUUUAUUGAAAACGUCUGCGACCAAGAUGAUAUCAUCGAGAAGAACAUCAAAGCCGUGAAGAUUUCUUCGCCCGAUUAUAAAAACUGGGACCCCGAAGCCGCGACUGCUGAUUAUUGGAAACGUGUCAGGGACCAUGAGAAAUCUUACGAACCCAUCGAGCAGCCCAGCUUCCCAUUUGUCAAGGUAAUCAAUGUUGGGGAAAAAAUUGUGGUGAACAACAUAUCCGGCUACUUGCAAUCUCGAAUUGUCUUCUAUUUGAUGCAAAUCCAUAAUAGCUACCGCACCAUCUGGUUCGCACGAUCCGGGCCAUCCAGAAUUGAGCAUUCUUACAAGGCAGACUCUGAACUUUCCCCGCUUGGUGAGGAGUACGCCGAAAGAUUGUGCAGGUUCUUAAGACAACGACGCCGAGUGGUCAAAAGAGAAGGCGAGGUAGAAAACCGCCUGACCGUUUGGACCAGUUCCAGACGUAGAUGCAUCCAAACUAGUGGCCCAAUGGCUAAAGCGGGCUACAAAGUACUCGUAAGAUCCCAGAUGAACGAGAUUAAUCCCGGAGUUAUUGAUGGCAUGUCGGUGGCCGAAAUCAAAGAAAAGUAUCCUGAUGAAUACGAGAAAUCUUUGAAGGAACCGUAUGCUCAUCGAUACCCUAGAGCGGAGUCUUAUCACGACUUAUCGGUUCGCUUGGAGCCAAUUAUCUUUGAAGUCGAAAGGGAUCGCUCUGAUUUGUUCAUCAUCGGUCACGCUAGUGUGAUCAGGUGCCUGUUCGCCUAUUUAAAAGGCCUUCCGGCACACGAUAUUCCCUUGGUUAGCAUCAGACGAGGCCAGUUGAUCGAAGUAACCCCAACUUCUUACGGUGUCCAAGCCAGAACUCACACCUUUUGGACCCCGUCUGACAACCCUGUGUUGGAAAAGUUCGUGAGCGAUGAAGACGCCUUCAACCACGCUCCGGAGUCCGAGCAAAAAGCCGAAGAGCUAAACAAAGCCAUCGCGCCUUUGGCCAUCUGACCGAUGUCCAUGAACAGCCAUGGAGAGCUAUAUCUGGCCUCCAUCAACUAUAUGCCCCCACUCUUCAUUUACUUACUAUACUCUUUUCAUUAAUAUAAAAUCCCCUGCUGUAAACACGAGGCCAGUUGAAAGCUAUCGAUAGCUCUUCAAACUAUAUGGCGGAGUUGGUCUGGUAAUACUCUUACCUCUCCGGGUAUGAGCCUGUCUAUGUUUCUUUAUCUCCUCAGAUGUCGUUGUAUCCACCACGUGAUAGUUAUCAAGAACAGAAAGAAAUUAUAAGAGCUUGAAUUGUGUUUC